AUGGCACCGACGAUAGUAGUGGUGCGUCACGCACACGCGAAGCACAACAUCGCUCCUCGGUUUAGUUCCCUCAUUGACCCCGAUCUGACCCUACACGGCGAGCGACAAUGCGAAGUCUUCUCUGACCGAAACCGCGACCUAAGAAACAGUGUGACGCACCUGGUGGCAUCACCGUCGUGGAGGACCAUCAGGACCGCGAUCUUGGCCUUUGGGAUCGACGAUGGCCAAGAGGUUAUUGUUCACCCCGACAUUCAGGAGGUCGCCGAUAGCCCGUGCAACAUCCCAAGAGAUCGUGACACCAUUGAGGACUUGGGAGGUGAGUUUGUUAACACUGAUUUGUUGCUGGACGGGUUUAAUGACCGGGGGCCUGACAGCCGAUACAGAUACAACUUUGAGGCAGUCCUCGAGCGCGCACGUACAAUGCGCAUCUGGCUACGUCAUCUCGCUCGCAGCCACGACAGCGACGAUGCUGUGAUUUCGGUUGUCACACACGGGGGGUUCGCCCCUUUCCUGACUCAAGGAGACGUUUUGCCGUGGUCGAACAUGCAGUCUCGAUCCUACAGAUUCGUUGACCCGGACGGCGACGACGAUGAAGCGGCACUCGAGCUGAUCGACGGUGAUUCAGGAGCUGAUCCGUCGGGAGGAGCUGGCGGAGGAGGUGACGGCGGCGGCCACGGAUAUCCUCGAGGAAUUCUCAAGCGACGUCGUGACGAUGAUGAUGACGACGACACGGCGGGAGGCGGAGGGGCUGGAUCGCCAUCAGUGCCGAAGCGAACCAAGGCCGUCGGCUGGGCCGAGAACCUAGAGCAGAUCCGGGAGUUCACAUCCCACAGUGUGUACAGACUUCGGCCUAGGAUAAGCUCAAGCGGUCCAGACUUCAAUGGGAUCCGAAAGACCUACCAUCCCCGGCGGGGAAUAGACUUCAACAAGAGGGAUUUCUCUGACACCGUACUACGGACCAGCUCGACCGGCCCCAACUUCAACGGGAUUCAAAAGACCUUCCAUCCCCGGCGCGGCAUCUACUUCAACAAGAACGAAUUCUCGAACACCAUGCUGCUACGGGCCAGGCAGAUUCAAAGGUACGUUGACCGCUUCGAAAACCAAACUUCGUUCUCGCUCGAGACGCUGAAGCAGGCGAUUGCCUUGGAGCCACGCCCGUGGGUUGUAGGCAAGCCGGGAUCUACUUACAAGAGGGGCGAGCCUGAGUACCCGAUGCAGUGGGAUAUCUCACGGCCAAAUUUCAAGAAGUCGAUAUACAACUUUGUGUGUCGCUGGGAGUGGCGCUUCAUACCACCACGGAGAGCUCGCGUCUUUGCCUAA